UGAACAUUUCGUCAUUUAUAUUUAUGUCAACAUAUGUGAUACUCACAAUUUGGAACCAUUCUAUUUCUAAUUAAAUACUUGUGCGUGUAUUAGGACACAAAAUAUGCCGCCUCCACACGCAAUACCCUGCGGACCAAAUUGUGGUACCGGAUUCUGCGCUCCUCAUUGCUACCAUCGCGGUCGUGUGGUGGAAUUUCCACCACCUCACCAUCAGCCGCCACACCACCACUAUCCACCACCACCACAUUACCCACCGCAUCAACAUCCACCACCCCAUCUCCCACCACCCCACUACCCACCUCCACAGCAGCCUUAUCCACCCCCAACACAUGGUGUUCCUCCCCACAUGUGGCGUUAAUGUAGUUAUUAAUAACAACAUCUAAUACCGUGAUAUGAUCACGUCUAGAUAUUGCUGUUCCAUUUAAUAUUAAGAUCUGCAAUUUCUAUUUUUUUUGUUAAUGAAAUAUUUUUAACUGUCGAUAUCGUCCAAUUGAAACAUAUAGAUAAUGUAAUACAUUAUUAUUUUUUUGACUAUGAUGU